CUGUCAGUCACUCUCACGUGACUCUGUUUUCCUGCUAACAAACAUGGCUGCUGAGGAUCUGCCGUCUGAAUUUGACGUCGUCAUUCUGGGCACAGGUCUUGCUGAGUCGGUGGUGGCAGCAGCCUUUUCCAGAGUGGGACAGAGAGUUCUUCAUGUCGACAGGAGGAGUUAUUACGCGGCCAAUUGGGCCAGCUUCACUUUCAACGGUCUGCUCAACUGGAUACAGCAGCACCAUGAGGAGUCUCAGCCUGAGGAGGCUCAGGAUUGGUCCAGCCUGUUGGAGGAAGGGGAGGAGCUGAUCUACCUGUCAAACUCAAAAUCAGAAUCCGACUCCAUCAGUAAUGUGCAGGUGUUCUGUUUCACCAGUGAGGAAGAAGAGGAGGAGGAAGCCCCGAGUCCCGAUCCUCCAAGCACCACAGAAGAACAAACAGGUGGAGCUGAAGAGGAUGCUGUAAAAGAAAACUCAGAGACAGAAUCUGCAGAUUCGAAAGACGAAGACACAAAGGAGAAAUCAGAAGCAACAGCAGACGGAGACAAAGAAGAACAGGCCUCCCAGACAGAGGGGGAGGACCCAGAGGCAGACCAGCCAACCACCGCUGCUGCUCAAAGCCAAUCAGAGCCAAUUAAAAAGAAGAUCAGCUACCCUCAGCUGUUGAAGGAAGGACGCAGGUUCAACAUUGACCUGGUCUCCAAGCUUAUGUAUUCUCGUGGAUCAUUGGUUGAUCUGCUGAUCAAAUCAAACGUCAGUCGCUAUGCAGAGUUCAAGAACGUCACCAGGAUACUCACCUAUCGCCACGGAAAGGUACAACAGGUACCCUGCAGCAGAGCCGAUGUGUUUGCAAGUCGUCAGCUGUCAGUGGUAGAAAAGAGGAAGUUGAUGCGUUUCCUCACUUCCUGUAUGGAGGAGACGGAGGAGCAGCAGGCCUACAACGGUCGGCCAUAUUUGGAGUUCCUAUGUGACCAGCAGCUCGGUGACAACCUGCAGGACUUCCUGCUUCACUCCAUCGCCAUGGUAACAGAAGACACGCCCACAGAGGAGGGCCUCACUUCCACACGUCACUUCCUGCGCUGCCUGGGUCGCUACGGCAACACGCCAUUCCUGUUUCCUGUCUAUGGCCUUGGAGAGAUACCCCAGUGUUUCUGUAGGAUGUGUGCUGUGUUUGGAGGAAUCUACUGUCUGAGACAUUCAGUCAACUGUCUUGUGGUGGACAAGGAAACCAACAGGUGUAAGGCGGUGAUUGACAGCAGAGGACAGCGAAUCAGUUGCAGCCAUUUUGUGGUGGAGGAAGGCUUCGUGGGGGCGGACCGGAAGCAGAUGGCCACACCCACCAGGUCUCUCUCCAGAGCUGUUUUGAUCACUGAUGGCUCCGUUCUUCCCAGUGACUCAGACCAACAGGUCUCCAUGGUAACGGUUCCUCCAAUAGCAGCAGGAUGUCCGGCAGUGAAGAUGGUGGAGCUCUGUUCGUCCACAAUGACCUGCAUGCCUGGAACAUAUUUGGUCCAUCUCACCUGUCAGUCAGUUGGCUCCGCCUAUGAGGACCUGUCGCCUGUGGUUACCAGGAUGUUCUGCACGCCAGAGUCACAUGACCAAGAAAACUGUCCGUCCGUCCUCUGGUGUCUGUACUUCAACAUGGCUGAAGGUUCGGGGCUGGAGGAUGAAGGUCACGACCUCCCCUCUAAUGUUUACAUGUGCUCUGGACCGGACGGAAGUCUGGGUCAUGAACACGCCAUCAAACAGGCGGAGUCGAUCUUCCAGAAGAUUCUCCCUGAGGAGGAUUUUUGUCCUCCUGCUCCGAACCCUGAAGACAUCAUCUACGAUGGAGACAACACCUCCUCUGCCACGGGAGGAGAGGAGGAGGAGAAGGACGAGACAGAAGAGAAACAGGAGGAGGUGGAAGAUAAACAGGAAGAGAAAGAGGAGAUGGAAGAUAAAAAGGAAGAGAAAGAGGAGACGGAAGAUAAACAGGAGGAGAAAGACGGUGCUGGAGAGAUGGAGAAAGUGGAGGAGCAGGCCCUGCAGACUGAGGAGUAACAUGCAGAGAUAAAGUGUAUAAACCUUCUGUUAAAGCCAAAAGCUCCUGCAGUGAAUUGUGGGUUAAAGUUGCCUUCAUGUCUUGUUUUAAAUCUUUAUUAUUUUUCUAUUAUUUGUUCUGCUUUCUGUCUUAUUUAAAUACUGUUUACAGUUUGUUCUGUUCUGUGGAAACAUUAAAGCUUCAACAUGAACAAACUCAACCA